AACUUGUUUCAAAAACUAUCUGGAGUUGUCAAGGCUCAGGCGGACAGAGGCGAAAAAGUACAGUUUGUUGAUGCUUUUCGGAGAAGCGACGGGAGAAGUUUUGUGGACACAACAUAGAAGGGACCUGUUGGAAGAAGACUCUCUCACACACACAUAUUCUGACACACGCUCGCUGCGAGGGGGAGAGAGAGGGAGAGAGAGAGAGUGUGUGUGUGUGUGUGUGUGUGGAGACGCAGCUUCAUGCUUGUUUUUGUCCAGAGAAAAGUUGCAAAGAAAAUCGACAGGUAACUUUUCGCAGCAGUCCUUUGCGCUCCUCACUGUCUGCUUCUCUGGCUUGUGGAGUUUGUCUCUUGGCUUUUUUUUUUUAAUUCUCCUCUUCCGUCUGCUCGGGAGCUCCAACUAAAAGCUGUUCCUGAUGUAUAACAUGAUGGAGACUGAACUGAAGCCCCCAGCUCCCCAGACCAACACGGGGGGCACGGGCAACACCAACACGUCCGGCACCGGCAACAACCAGAAAAACAGCCCCGAGCGGGUCAAGAGACCCAUGAAUGCGUUCAUGGUGUGGUCCCGGGGCCAGAGGAGGAAGAUGGCGCAAGAAAAUCCCAAAAUGCACAACUCGGAGAUAAGCAAGAGACUGGGCGCUGAGUGGAAACUUCUGUCGGAGAGCGAGAAAAGACCUUUCAUCGACGAAGCCAAGAGGCUGCGGGCCCUGCACAUGAAGGAGCACCCGGAUUACAAAUACCGGCCCCGGCGAAAAACCAAGACCCUCAUGAAGAAGGACAAGUACACUUUGCCCGGUGGGCUGUUGGCUCCGGGAGGAAACGGGAUGGGAACCGGGGUCGGUGUUGGGGUGGGGGCCGGACUCGGCGGUGGUGUGAACCAGCGCAUGGACAGCUAUGCCGCGCACAUGAACGGCUGGACCAACGGGGGCUACGGCAUGAUGCAGGACCAGCUGAGUUACCAGCACCCGGGGCUGAAUGCACACAACCCGAGCCAGAUGCAGUCCAUGCACCGCUACGAUAUGAGCGCCCUGCAGUACAACUCCAUGACCAGCUCCCAGAGCUACAUGAACGGCUCCCCGACAUACUCCAUGUCAUAUUCCCAGCAAACCACGCCGGGAAUGACCGCCCUGGGUUCCAUGGGGCCCUCCUCGGUGGUGAAGUCCGAGUCCAGUAGCUCCAGCCCGCCCGUCGUCACCUCGUCAUCCCACCGGGCCGCCCCGGGCUGCCAAAGCGGAGAUCUGAGGGACAUGAUCAGCAUGUACCUACCCGGGGCGGAGGUCAGCGAGCCGACCGCCCAGACCAGGCUACACAUGUCCGGGCACUACCAGAGCACCGUGCCCGGGACGACGAUCAACGGCACGCUGCCGUUAACACACAUGUAAGAGACACAAAGCAGAAAGAGAGAAAAAGAAAGAACUUUUAUAAGAGAAACUGUGGACUACUUAACGUUGGACUAUUUUUGUACAGAAAAAUUUCGGGGUGGGAAAAGUUGUAUAGAAGUCUCCAGGAAAAAGGACACGCUACUCUUUUUUUUUUUUUUUCCUCUCAUUUUAUUCUAAGGAAGCUCUAGAGGACCGGUAGGAGAUCCCCUCUUCAAUGAUGGAUGAAGUUUGGAAGACUAGAAAGUGGGAGUCGCAAUCAAAAUGUUUUAUUAUUGCAAUCACCUUUUGUACAGUAUUUAUCAAAGAAACAUUACAAUCAGACGAAAUUGUUUGUUAAACUGCAAAAGGUUGCAUUUUUUUCUUUUCUUGUUUUAUAUAAAGCAACGUCAGUUCUGCAGAAAAUAUUAAAAGUGAAAGAUGGCAGAACUGAAAUUCUAUUGGAGCGAUCAGUUGUGCUCAUUUAAUACUUCACACAUUGGAAAGAAAGGGGACAUAAAACGAAGCAGGUAAAACUGCUUUUUGUUUUUCAUUUUAAAGGCAGCAUUACUUAACAUUUUAUUUCUUGGAAAAAAAUACAACGCAUUUGUUUGUUUGUUUGUUUUGUUUUUUUCUCUCAUGCAGCUUAAAAUAUAGGUUCUUAAUUUAUAUUUCCGUCUCCCACUUUUCAUCUGUUAGAGGUAUGACGCUUGUACUUUUUAUUUUCUAAUUGAUUUGUACAAUUUCUGUAUAUUUCCUGUGAUAUUUUAAGUUUUUAUUUCAAAGAAAAAAAAAUUUCAUUCCCGUAGUUGUAUUUUAAGAAUUGUGGCCUGUACGCAGAAGCCAACCACUCCAUGUAUAUAUAUACCGGAACUAAUACCAUCCUUAUAACAGUUACAAUUUCAGCUGAGUAUAUAUUUUUUUUUUCAAUAUGCAGUUUGAAAUGAAUAAAUUUUGGAAAUUUG